CCUGUUAUCCCCGCCCAUCCUUCUCUUUUUAGAGAUGAAACAUUCUAUGGGUGGGACCACGGACACCUCUUUAAAAACCCCAGUCUCCACGCUUGCCUAACAUUGCACCCUGCUCCUGUGAAGAUGGAAGAACCUGAAAGGAUAGUUGGAGGCCUGAGCAAGGCCAAACCUGCUACUCCUGAAAUCCAAGAGAUCGCAGAUAAGAUUAAACCACAGCUUGAAGAAAAAACAAAUGAGUCUUACCAAGAAUUUACAGCCAUCGAGUAUAAAACUCAAGUGGUUGCUGGAACAAAUUACUUCAUUAAGAUUCGGGUAGAUAAUGAUGGCUAUGUUCACGUAAGAGUAUUUGAACCUCUUCCUGGACGAAAUGAAGAUGCUCUGCAGCUUUCUGGCUACCAGACUGGCAAAAGCAAGGACGAUGAACUGAGUUACUUUUAGAGACUUGUUCCAAAGUGGUCUGAUUCUUUGCACUGGGCACAGAUGAAUGAUCCUUGUUAGUAAAUGUGACCAUCAAUAAAGAGACAUUCCUUUGCAAAUGAA